AUGGAUUCGACAAUCACCCUCGUCAACCCAUCAGCGCCCGUAACCCUCGUGUUCACGAAGGACAGCACUACGAACACGGGAAUAGCUCUCAAAGGCUCGGAGUCGCGAAUUAUUUACUCCGUCUCGAGUGACGCCCUUACGUGCAGCAAGACGACAAUUGCUGAUUCCGCUGGCACUGUGGCCGUUAUCAACAAACGAGAUAUCCUGCCGAGUACCAUUUCCUUCCCAAGCAGAGAUGGCCGGGGAAGUAUGAAGCUAAGCAAAUGGCUGAAGGAACAGAAAACCUCAGAUGGCCUCCCUAUCAUGAUAAUAGAGACGACGCUGGGCCAAUUCGGCUGGAAGUACAAUACCACCAGGAUCGCAUUAUGGCCCUCAGGAGACGAAAGCGAUGGGCUGCCAACUGCAUGUCUGCAGCCAGCUACUUCCGAGUCCCCGAUGAGUCUCAUCAUUGAACCAUCGGGAUUGACACUCGCCAACGAGCGCGCCUGGAUGCGAGAUGCGAAGACGAGGGCAUUCGUGGAAGACGUUCUCGUCUCGGCCUUGGUCAUAGAGCAUAGGCUGCGAGUAAAGGAACGAAUGUAUCACGCAGCUGCAGACAUUCCCCGGGGUAGUUUCUUUAACCCCAUGGCCACUGCCACUUAA